AACAGCAGCAACCGCUACCAGAUUUCAAGAAACACCAACAAAUAACAACAAAAAAAUCUAAUCAGAAAUUGAAAACAACGGAUGUUGAGAUAAAUUUACCGGUUAUAACAACGAACGUCUCCUUAGAACAAAAGAAAUCUGUCAGUGAUUUGUCUUUAAGAACAAUGCGUCGUCGCGUCAAAUGUUUGCAAGCAGCAGCAGCAGCAACACAUAAAGCUUUUGUUGAUGAUGAUCAUGAUAAUCAUGUUGUUAAUAAUAAUGUUUUAAAUCAUAAUGAGGUGCAAUCUAAAGCAAAUGAAGCGCCAGCUGAAAAUGUGGAUUUAACAAAAAGUUUAACAUUUUAUAAUUCUUUAAAAAAGUUAACGAAAAAAGUGAAAAUGGGAGCAAACAAAUCAGUAAAAUUGACAAGGAGUCGGAAAUAAAACUGACCAUGGAGCAAUAUUUUGAGAGGGAAAAGCAAAUAUUCGCUUUAGACAAGCCGUAUAAUGAGGUCAAAGAAACAACUUUUAAAAGAGAAGAGAGGGAAGAGGAUCUUUGUUUUAAUCUCCCUAAGUAUUUAACUGAAAACAAUAAAUUUGAUUCAGGGAACAUAAUUGAGUCUAGAGAGAAGGAGCAAGAGUUUACUGAAUCAACUAAGGAUUUAUGGUUUUUAGAAGAACAGCAGCAAUCCACCCAUUUACUGAGAGAGCAAGACUUGAUAAUGAAACAAUCUUAUCCCGAUUAUGACCGCGAAAGCGACAGUGAAGACGCUGUGUAUGAGAAUAUUAGAGUUGAUUCCAUAUUACUCUCAGUUCCAAAACUUGAUAUACCUAUAACUCCUAUAAAAUCCUUAUUGAAACAGAAAAAUCUUGCUAAAGCUGUGAAAAAGUCUUUAGGUGAGAGCCCAGUAACCGAGAAGAGAGAUAAACUCAAAUCUCUCAAAGAAACAGAAAAUAAUGUUACUGCCAAAGAGAGUAAAGUGAAUCAAAAGCAAAUAAAUAAUACCAAACCUGAUGAAAAUCUUAACAGCAAAAUAAAAAUCUCAAAUCCUAACAAUUCAGAACAAUCUCCUGAACAUUUAGAUGAAAAAAUCGCACAAGAAACGGAAAUAUACAAAGAUUGUCUAACAGAUUCCGAUGAAAUUCGCCGUCACAAACUAAAGGAAUCUGAGAAAGAAGAUUUGGAAAGUUUGGAAGAUUUAACAGAUUCUAAAGUAAAUGACAAUUUCGGAAAGUUGGACCUAAAGACUUUAAAAAGCUCCACCAAAUCGCACACCUUUAUAAGAGACUUAGAGCAGCCUUCAUAUGAACUAAUAGAAUUUAAAGAUGAUGAUCCCGAGCAACUUUUAAAUACAACAAAACCCAUAAAAUAUUCCAAAAGUUCCGAGGAUUUAUAUCGAAAUUAUUCGCCCAUAAAAUCUACCAUAAAACCCCAAAGCAAACAUUUAAAAGAAAAGCCUGACACUCCUAGAACACCAAAAGCUUUAAGAUUACCACGUCUAGGCACACCACCUCCUCUCCAACAGUCAAGAACAGCACCCACAACACCUAAAAGUGAAAACUCCGAACGUCUUAAGUCUCUUAAUAUCUGUCCAACAAAACGUAAACAAGUUCUAAGACAAACUGUAAGCUGUUCGAAUACCUUACCCAUGAAAGCUGUUCUAACCUUUUCCUACAGACACAUUAGAACUUUGUGGUGUAACAUCAGCACCACAAUUAAAAUCUAUCGGUCUAAAAGGGAAUAAUAUAAAUGAAAGUGUUAGAGUAGAAAAACUGGAGUAUGAUGAUGAGGAAAAUGCUAUUGAUUUGUGGCUGAGGAGGAGGAGCAGCAGCAUAGUUGUGUUUUCGAUAAAGAGAUUAAGGUUAUAAAAGAACCACCAGCACCACAAUUGAAACGUAACAAGUCAUUUACC